AUGGCUAACAUUAGCAUGCCAAAAAAAAGAGGAAGACCUCCAAUUUUGAAGAAUUAUUCAGAUCCGAUGAAAAGCCCGAUGGCUUAUUCCUCUCUGCAGAUGCAAAAGAUGGGAGCACAAACUUUCACAAAGCCGCUGAUGAAGGUCACGACAUCAAGUGUAUCUACUCCGUCACCUAGGAAACGCAGAAACAGCAGUUUGAACCUGGAAGCUUCACCCUCUUCGACGGGAGGUUCUGCCAAGAAGGCGAGACAUAGAGGGACGCUUCUAGCAACACCUGUCAGGAGGCCCAGGAGCCAUUCAAACUCCUCGCCUCUCACUCCAUCUGACAACAUUUUUUCCUCGGAAACCAAGAGACAAAUUUUAAAGAGUUCACCCAUUGAAUUUGAGGCUGUAGAAACGCCAAAGAAACCACAAGGCUAUGCGGAGGAGUUAUCGGACACACCAUUCAAAUUUUCGCUGUGCAUCGGCGAAGAUGGAAAGGCCAAGAUAGCUGGCCCUGUGUCUACGUCCAAGGUAGUUGUACCCUCUCCAAAAAAGAUGCCCCUGUCAACUUUCGACAAGAGGAAGGUUUUGGGUCUGCUCAAAAAGAUGAAAAGCACGCGGAAGGAGAUUGCACCCUCUCCAGUUUCCCCACCAACGUCCAAAGCCGCCAUGGUACGUCCUAGUGAGGUAUUCUCCACGGUUCCUCCUUCGUCACCACAGCAAGUCGGCAAUUCUCAACUGACAAUGCCCUGGACACCCAGAUGCACGUCUGUUUUCCAGUUUAGAACAGGUUUUACGCCAAAUAUCGCGAUAGAUGAAGUUUUGGAGGAGCCUGAAAAGACACUUGAGUCUCAAGAUGGCAAACAAGGGAGAAACAAAUCUUUAUCGCGAUCCAAUAGCUUUGUAUUCAAAUUAUCCUCUGGCGAUCCACUACUCAUGACAGAUGAUCCAAAUACAGAACUCUUGCUUACCCAUCCACAAGCGAACCCUGCGGUUGAACUCUUUUAUCAACAGCUUUUGAACUCGCCUCGCAAACCUGUAACUUGCUUUAAUACACCUCCAUCACUAAUGAAUUUGGGUUCUCCCCGGCCAACGUCAAUGCAAGAAUCUUCAAGCAUCCCGCCUAUUGUCGUAACCGCCACUGAUUCUGCAAAUCGGUUUUCGCAGAGUAAGCGAAGUGUCCCUUCUACACCCGUAGCUGAGCCGACUCAGGAAUAUACGCUGUCCAUUCAAUGUACUCCAUUAAUACAACAGACGAUGAACGGAUCUCUGAAUAGGCCAAUUAAUGAUUCUUUCACGCAAAAGCCUUCAAAGGCUCAGAAGCCAAAGUUGAUGGAGCAGGACGAUGCUAGGCUCGCUUUGAGAAAGUUAAUCAGUGGGCUGGAAUAG